CUCCCGCCACCCCCGCGCCAGCCGCCACCCCAGGCGCGAGCGGCCCGCGGCGCCCUGCGCUUGCAGCGGCCCUUCCUGCGCGGCCCGCUGGGCGUGCUGCGGCUGCUGCAGCUGCUGGCGGGAGCCGCCUUCUGGAUCACCAUCGCCACCAGCAAGUACCAGGGCCCGGUGCACUUCGCGCUCUUCGUGUCGGUGCUCUUCUGGCUGCUCACUCUGGCCCUCUACUUUCUCACGCUGCUGGGCAAGCAGGAGCUGGUGCCCGUGCUGGGCUCUCGCUGGCUCGUGGUCAACGUGGCGCAUGACCUGCUGGCGGCCGGGCUCUACGGGGCCGCGACGGGCAUCAUGAUCGACCAGACGCAGCGCCACAGCUACUGCAACCUCAAGAAUUACAAGCUGCCCUGCGCCUACCACGCAUUCCUGGCGGCCUCUGUCUGCGGCGGCCUCUGCCUCGGCCUCUACCUGCUGUCGGCGCUCUACGGCUGCUGCCGUCGCUAUCAGGGCAAGCAGGAGGUGGUGUGAGGCCGCCCUCCCCGCGCGGCCCGGAUCAGGACGGGGGACCCUCCGGAGUCCCUCCUGCCGCUGCCCCGCGCCGGUGCGCCCUGGCACCCUCUCCCCUGUUUGUGUUUCCACUGCCCGCGCCCUGGAUCCCCGACGUUAAGUUCCAGUCCAACUGCGGCGCCGCCGCUCUAAGCUUGGAUCGCAGCUUCCAAGGACCAGACCUGCCAUCCGAGAGGCUGACGCACACACCCAGAUGGGCCGCCCUAGGCGAAGCCUCGUAGUUCUUUUCUCCAUUCCCUGCCGAGAGCUAGACGUGGACAGGCACCGCCGCGUAGAUCCGGGGGAGGCUCCCAAAUUGAAACCAGGCUUUGGGCUGCGCCACUGCCCCCUCCCUCCUGCCCCGAAGUCGGAAGAGCACCCCCUUUCCGGGUCUUCCAGUCUUCCACUGUGGGAUAAGGAAGAAGGCGGUUAGGCGGCAGCAGCAGGAGCUGGGGGACAGGCCUUAGAGCGGAUGCCCAGAGGAGGACGAGUUUGGUUGUAGUUUGGGCCCCUCCCUGUGCAGCCCUGGAUGCUUCUAAGUCUUUGGGUGGGGCCAGUUGCAGGGGUGGUGGAUGGGAAAGGCCUUCGGGCUGUAUCGUAACACCUUUCAAAUAAUCUCUGCCUCUGGGUUCAUGCAAAACUAACCUCCCUGGCCUCCCAGACUUCACUCACCAGCUUCUGCUGCACCCUACUCCUCAAUAUCUAUUUGCAUUAGGGAUCCCACGUGACCAACAGGGACGGUCAGGGUGAGGCCCACCCCUUUGGAGACUCAGUUCCUACUCUUGGGAAUAGCCAGUUUAAGAUUGGAACCCCACUCUUUCCCCUAAAGCAGUGGGUAUGAGUUUGGAAGCAACUCAGGAGCUACCUUCAAAAGGGUUAGAGGCCAAAUGGGUCUUGUCAAUGGUGCUGUCGCCCGGGUAGAUUCACAGCUCUUGUUACGGAGGGAGGACUCUGAGAAAUCCCACAGGUACAAGUCCACCAGUAAUACUUUAGUUUUACUGCAUUAACUACUACUGGUCCUGAGCCAUUUCCACCUUAAGAUUCUAGGAAGCCCUGUGCUGUCCCUAUUCGAGUUCAUUCCCACGGUUUGGCCCAUUGAAGAUUGGGAAGAUCCUCUUUCCCAGGGAAUUUCUCUAACUGGGGAUCCUCCCCAAUGGCAAGAGUCAGAUAUCCCUCACCAGCCAGAGAACUGUUGAACAUUUCUUUACAUUGGAGAAAUGAAGCUAAGGUUAUCCAGGUGGUUUCCCAAAGACAAGAGUCACCUGUAAGAGAUCCUGGCAUUGCCUCGAGCAGCUGGCGUGGUGAGCCUUGCUCACCAAAUUAAAAAGAAAUCUCUGGACCUGGGGUGGACAGCUGGCCCCACCUCUAAGGUUUCCAUGUUGCUGAGGCCUUGAGGAGUCUCAGAGAAGUCAAGCUGCCAGGUCCUGCCUGGCUGGCAACACUGUUCUUCCUGGGUCCAGAAGAAGGUUUGGGAGUCAUCACUUGCAGUGGGACAGGUGGGAAGCUGGGAUACCCUCUGCCCAACAGUUGCCUAUGUAUGCCAUCAGUGGAAGAACCAUGGUAGAGAAGAAUGAUUUUUGCCUUGAUUUGAGAGAAUGUUGGAUUCUCCUGUAACUAUGAUUUUGGGCACAAGACUCCAGACACCUGAGACUCUGCCUUCCCAUACCCUAAAUUAUGAAUUUCAGUUCUGGCUUUUACUCUUUUCCCUUUUGUCUUUUGUACAUCAUCAUCUAAGCUCAGGUCCAGCCCCCUCAGGAUCUCCUCAGUCCCAGUGCUCUGGGUCGGUGGCCUUGUGACCUUACUCAGGAGCAGACAUCUUGGUCUUUUUGGUGCCUCAUCCGCCCAGAUGUGCCUGUAGUAUCCCAGAGCUCACUAGCUCUUCCAUGUGCCUCCCAGCUUGGCUUCCAGCAGCUGUGUGGUCCCUCAGUCUGCUAGUUGUGAGGAUGAUAGAUGAGACUGCUGUGACACCCACCUUUCCUCAAAUUUCAUGGUAUGGGCACCUGAAGUAGCCCCGAGCUUUUGGAUACUAGCAAUAGUCUCCUUGCCUUAACUCUCUGACACCAGGACUGGGGCCAGCCCAGGACCACCCCCAGCAGCUCAGAGUUUAGUAGUCUGGGUCCUCUUGUAGGCCUGGGAGACAAUUUCUACAGUGUAUACAAGAGAGGUGGGUUUUUGGUGUGGGGAGAAUGACUAGGGAUAGGAACCAUGUGCUUUACCCAGUAGUGUAGUCAUGGUUACCAGUAUGCUUUUCGGAAUAAAGUUUGGUUUGUCUGC